AUGAGGCUCCUCCUCCUCUCCGCCCUCGCGGCCACCACCGCCCUCGCCGCCUCGCAAGACAAGCAACUCGAAGAAACCAUCAUCGAGGCCUUCGGCGGCGUCGUCAACCUCACCAUGAACGUCACGGGCGAAAUCGCAAAGGUUGCCGGUAGCGACCUCUCCACCGCCCUCCCCGUCCAAUCCGCCACCACAAACCUCGUCAACUACAUCAACAAUGCCACCGCCGCCCUCAACAAAUUCGGCGCCCUCAACCUCACCAGCGACGAAGCGCUGGUCCUGGGACCCUACACCCAGGGCCUCGCCUACACCGUCAACGCCUCGAUCGCGACCCUCAUCGGCAAGAAGCCCGACUUCCUCCAGCUCAACCUCGGCCCGCUCGUCAUCACCUCGCUGCAACAGCAGCAGAACGCCAGCGUCGACUUCUCCAAGGCCAUCCUCGGCCGUAUCCCGCCGGAUAUCUACCCCGUCGCGACCGCCAUCAACUCGCAGAUCACGAAUUCGCUGCAGCAGGGGCUGGACUGCUUCAACGGCAUGAACGAGACGUGUAAUGCGACGCCCGUGAAUGCGAGCAGGACGCUGGAUUAUGCGGAGGAUACGGGGGCGAUUACGGCCGCGGCGGCGUUGCCCGCGAGGGCGACGGGAGCUGUGGCGUGGGCGGUUGUCGUGGGUGCGGCGGCGUUUGCGAUAUGA